AUGUCUACUGUUCAAUCUUCCUAUCAAUACGCUUUCAAAGCCUUGGUCAUUCAAGUGUUGAAUUCGAUUAGACAAGAACAAUCGAUGAUUGAAUCUCACAUGAUUAUGCCUCCAGAUUUUGUAUCUAGUGUUUCUGAAAAUGGAAAAACUUCUUUG